GGGGGCGGGGCGGCGCUGGCGUCUCCCGUGCCAGGCGGGCGAGCGAGCGAGCGGGCGGCGGCAGCAUGCGCGGCGGCGGCGGGGCGAUCCGCCUCCAUCUUGCGCUGCCCCCGGACGGCCGGCUCCGAGGCAGCCAGUGGGUCCAGCUCAGCCCCAUUGGGAGGAAGCAGCAUGAGGAGCAGCGGGUGGCCAGAUGCCCACUAGGUCUGCUCAGCUCGUCUAGGUCUGAGGCGGCAGCACAAUGGCUUCGGUUGUGGAGCUCACCGACAACAGCCACCCCAAUUCCCUUCUGAUCCAGCUGAACGAGCAGCGUCUGCGCGGGCAGUUCUGCGACGUCACCAUCGUCGCCGAAGACACCAAGUUCAAGGCCCACAAAAAUAUCCUCGCGGCCUCCAGCCCCUACUUCAAGGAGGUUCUCUCCGAGGACUCGGCGUGUCGCCAGCCGGGCCAGAUCCUUGAGCUUCCCGACAUCCAGGCCAAAGUCUUCUCGGACAUCUUGAACUUCAUUUAUAAUUCUCGGCUCUCCGUGCCCAGUCUGGCCGUGGCCAAGGAGAUCGGGCUGGUGGGCCGACGGUUGGGCAUCUCCCGCUUAGAGAACCUGGAUGAUCCCUGGGCAGAGGUCAAGAUGGACAGUCCCGGCGGGGCCUCUGCCCACGAUUGCGAGUCGCCCAUUGACCUCACCUGCCCGUCCCGUUCCAUGGAACCCUCCAGCCCUGUUUGCUUGCAGGAUUUGACCAAAGUGUACAGCCCCGGGCAGGACACCCGCCCUGACUCUGAAACAGAAACGGCCAAGAUCCUCUACACUCUGAGCUCCGUCGCGACCGUGUCCCCUGCUACCCCCUCCGAUCUGACGUUCACGGUGAAGGAACCCGUCGCUUGGGACCACAGCCUCUCUGCGACUCCUCCUGCCGCGUCUGCCGACACAAAGGAUGGGGCACCGGCGUCGGCCUCUUCUUCCUCGCCCCCCUCCCCGUCUGGGGCUUCCUACCCAGUGAGCAGCACCUUCUGCUGCGGAAGCUGCAGCCGCUCCUUCACGACGUCUUCGGCCCUCAGCCUCCACAUGAAGCUGCACCGAACGCGGCGCCCGCUCUCCUGCCGCCACUGCGGCAAAAGCUUCAUCCACACCAAGCGGCUGCAGACGCACGAAGUCAUAUGCAAAGAGGUGGAGACACCCAAGACGGAGGCUCCCGCGGACAAGGCACCGCCCAGCCCAGAGUUACCUUCCAAGCCGACGGUAGCUGCAGCAUCUUCCAAAAAGGGCGUGCUUUUCCGCCACCGGGCCCUGCCGCGGGUGGAUUAUCUCUCCGACCAAGACCACUUUGUCAAAGUGGUCGACGGGCACAUCAUCUACUUCUGCACCGUCUGCGAGCGGUCCUACAUGACCCUUUCCAGCCUCAAGCGCCACUCCAACGUCCAUUCCUGGCGCCGCAAGUACCCGUGCCGUUACUGUGACAAAGUUUUCGCCCUGGCGGAAUACCGCACCAAGCACGAGGUCUGGCACACCGGGGAACGUCGCUACCAGUGCAUCUUCUGCUGGGAGACCUUUGUGACUUACUACAACCUCAAGACUCAUCAGAAAGCCUUCCACGGCAUUAAUCCCGGCCUCAUCUCCUCCGAGAAGACCCCCAACGGGGGCUACAAGCCGAAACUGAAUGCGCUGAAACUCUACCGCCUGUUACCCAUGCGCUCCCAAAAGAGGCCGUACAAGACGUACAGCCAGGCCAUGGUGCCGGAGGACCUUCUGCAUCCAACUCACGCUGUCCCCAUGACGCUGGGUGAGGGGGACUCAUUGGACGGAAAUUUGGUCUCCUCCCUGAGUACUAGUGACGUGGUUUCAGUGUUCCCCACCAAGAACGCCUCUUUAGAAUCGACCGAGGCGGAUCGGGACCAGCAGCGGGAAACCACGAGCACUGAGGACACGUCCGUUCUUCCAGCUACUGGUGAGGAGGCCCAGCUGGGCAAGCCGCCCCCGUCGUUGAGCACAGAGGCGCCCACCGUCAUCGCCUACGGGCACCCCACCUCUUCCGUGAUCGUUCAUAGCACCUCGGUGAAAGCACAGGGUCCGUCUGUGAUCACAUACAACAGCAUGUCCGCAAGCGCCCCGCUGAAUGGGGGAACUCCACCGUCACUGUCCCAGUCAUCCCCCUCUCCAGUUGUAACCAAACCCAUUAAGAAGCAGGUCCUGAGGGAGUACAUCCAGUCCCAGAAGAGGGAGGAGCAGGCAUUGGAAGAGGAGGGGAGCGAGCAGGGCUUCAAGGCGAGGGGACCACGGACUGGACGCACCAUGACCUACAUGGCUAAACCAGCCUGUGUGGGCGCCGCCUCCGAAAGCCGAGCCGCCCCACUCUGCCAGAUCACGGUGCGCAUCGGCGAGGAAGCCAUCGUCAAGCGGCGGAUCUCCGAAACGGACCUGAUGCUGGACAAGAGCAGCCGGAUGGGAGGCAGGCGGUUGGAUUUCGGCCGCGAUCCGGGCAGUGAGAAACCGCAUCCCUCCCUGCCUCCGACGCUGCACGGCAAGCAUGCCGACCGGCUGUUUGCGAACGAGAGUGGCGAGGAGGACAGCGACCGCGGAGACACGGAAGACCAGCUUUGGCGCCCGUACUACAGCUAUAAGCCCAAGCGGAAGGCUUGUGGCGGAGCCGGCAGUAGCGCCGGCAACGCCCUGCCGAAGAUGAAGAAGUCGCGGUGGCGGCACAAGCUGCGCUCCCUGCGCUGGAUGAAGCGGUCAGAGGACGCCAAGGAGGGGAGCAGAGCGGGACCCAACCAUCCGGGGUCUGUGGAAGUAUCUGGGGGACAGGGAGCUGCCUCCGACCGGGAUGAGAUGGAUCCGCUGACCAAAGGGGCGGGCGGGCGGGGCGCCGAGUGGAAGCACGAGUGCGGCGUUUGCGGCAAACUUUUCUCGGCCCUCAAGAAGCUGAGGAAGCACGAACGGGUACACGGGCGCCUCGCCAAGGACGACCAGGCCCUGGCAGUCUUGGGCACCCCCCACCGGGUCGGCCGCAAGCCCCUGGUGAAGUUUGCCUGUGCCCACUGCACAAAGGUCUGCAAGACGGCGGCCGCCCUGAGCCGCCACAUGAAACGGCACGAGGGUCAGGAGCUGGAGGAGGUCCCCCUGCCCGUGCUCACCACCGUCAUUGCUUAUUCUAAGAAGACCGCCGAGGUGCCUCUGGCUACCUCUCCCCCGGUGGUCAAAGAGGAGACCACCCAGGAAAUGCAAGUGUCUUCCUCCAGCGGGGAGGCGCCCGUGGGCCAAGCAGAGGUCUCCGAGGGGGGCUGUGUGGAAAUGGUGCCCUGCAACGGGCACACGCCGGCCCCUCUGCCCGAAGACGAACGCCUGUCGCAACAAGGGGCGGGCAAGUCCCCUUUCCACGAGGAGCUGCCCGCCCACCCACCGCCGCCGCCACAGGCCACCACCGCCAGCAGCACCCUGGCCGAGCUGCCUCCGGAUCGGCCCCUCUCUCUUCAAGACCCCGUCAUCUCUCACACGGGCCUGGUCCAGAAAGAGAUUUUGGCGUCCCACGAGAUGGAAGGUGACCGCUACCCGGUCCAGGAGUACCCCUUACCCCUACUGGUGCCAGGGAGUUGCCGGAGCCGGAAGGAUCUGGAAGAGAAACCCUCCUUCCUGGCUUAUCCCAGCGCCAUCCAGUUCAACGCCGUCGGCAAGGCCGGGAGCAGCAGCGGAGAGGGCAAAGUCAGCUUCUACCCCGACCCGUAUCCGCUGAUGUACGGGCACCAGCUGCUGGCCGCUUACCCGUACAACUUCACCUGGCCGGUGGCUUUGAACAUGGUGGUCCCGGAUGACAAGGGUCAGCCUUUGCCCUUCCUGCCCAGCGUCUUCAGCUAUUCGAUGAACCCCUGCCGGGGCGUGGUGGGGCACGAGGGGGGGCCCGCCUCCCACGGGGGCCUGGGGAUGGGCAGCUCGGCAGCGCGGGAGAGCCGUGGAGAGCCCGGGAUGCCCGAGAAGCUGAAGAAAGGCGGGCGCCUCUGAGGGCCAGCCGGGGCAGAAAAGGGGCACCGGAUUACAGGUGGAAAAAAGGCAAGGCAGGAGAAUAGCCACCCUCCACCCCCUGGGAAGGGGGUGCGUGCUUACGAGAACCGGUGGGGGUGAGCGCAGAGGGGGCCCCCCCCGAACUGGGGCAAGUAGAAGAGAAGCUCCCCCCCCCUUCUUCCUACCAGUGGCAUUUUCACGUGGGACGUGUCGUAGAGAAGACAAUAGCAAAAAUAGGUACAGGGUACCCUCGUUUUCCCACCCACCCCCUCCACGUGCCUGGUUCCUAAACCCCCCCUAUGAAUGUUGUUUGUAGACACAAAUAAGAGUGAAUUUUGCACAAGGAACCGCUCUUCGUCCUUCGGAAACCCCCCCUCCCUUCCCCGGGGCGGUUUCUGCCCCGCCCUCUUUUGCUCCUCCUCUGUACUUUUGCUGCUGGGGAGGGCGGAGGAACAGACUAGUUUGAAAGAAGUAGCCUCUCUAAUGUAGCUCCUCUCCUGCUGUUGGGGUGCCUGCAGAGCCUUGCUCUGCCCCACCCCGCUGUUGGGGCGUCCUUCCUCUGCAGACCCUCCCCCUACUAUUGGGGUGUCCCUUCUGCAGGCCCUUCCCCUUUUCUUCCCCCUCCCCCCGGUAUUGGGGUGUCCUUCCUCUGCAGACCAUCUCCUUCCCCCCCACUAUUGGGGUGUCCUUCCACUGCAGACCCUCCCCCUACUAUCGGGGUGUCCCCUCUGCAGACUCUUCCUCCUUUUCCCCCCUACUAUUGGGGUGUCCCUUCUGCAGACCCUUCCCCUUUUCUCCCCCCCCCAUAUUGGGGUGUCCUUCCUCUGCAGAACAUCUUCCCCCGUGAUUGGGGUGUCCUUCCACUGCAGACCCUCCCCCUACUAUCGGGGUGUCCCCUCUGCAGACUCUUCCCCCUUUUCCCCUCUACUAUCGGGGUGUCCCUUCUGCAGACCCUUCCCCUUUUCUCCCCCGUUAUUGGGGUGUCCUUCCUCUGCAGAACAUCUUCCCCCCGCUAUUGGGGUGUCCUUCCACUGCAGACCCUCCCCCUACUAUUGCGGUGUCCCAUCUGCAGACCCUUCCCCUUUCCCCCCCCCCAGUAUUGGGGUGUCCUUCCUCUGAAGACCAUCUCCUUCCCCCCCCCCGCUAUUGGGGUGUCCUUCCACUGCAGACCCUCCCCCUACUAUCGGGGUGUCCCCUCUGCAGGCCCUUCCCCUUUUUUCCCUCCUGCUAUUGGGGUGUACUUCCUCUGCGGACCCUCCCCCUACUAUUGGGGUGUCCCCUCUGCAGACUCUUCCCCCUUUUUCCUCCUGCUAUUGGGGUGUCCUUCCUCUGCAGACCCUUCCCCUUCCCCCCCCCCAAGUAUUGGAGUGUUCUUCCUCUGCAGACCAUCUCCUUCCCCCCCCCACUAUUGGGGUGUCCUUCCACUCCAGACCCUCCCCCUGCUAUUGGGGUGUCCCCUCUGCAGGCCCUUCCCCUUUCCCCCCCCCUGCUAUUGGGGUGUCCUUCCUCUGCAGACCCUUCUCUUUAUUCUCCCCCCCCCCCUGCUUUUCCUUGGCCCAGCUCAGCUCCUCUACUUCGCUGCACAGCAGCUGGCGGAGUGGAGUGUGUGUGUGUGUGUGUGUGUGUGUGGAGGGGGGGGCUGUGCGUGCAAUUUGUUUUCCAACUGGCUGGAUGUGAUGAAUCACAUUUUCCUUCUGGGCAGAGGAAGGCAGCGAUGGGGGAAGGCCGGGAGAGGAAUGGAAGGACUUUUUUUUUAUGUCCACCACCUCUCCCGUCGAAGAUGGAAAGACCGACCGAGUUGCGUUGAGGUGCACCACAGCACCACAGCGUCCCUCCAGCCAGCCAGCAACAGGGCAUCCCAUUGUUGGGGGACGGGGGAGAACAGGGGGGUUAUCAAUAGAUACCCCAUCUCUGGUGCCAGCAGCAAAAGCCCCUCCUCCCCCCUCCCUUGCACCCCCCCUCCUGCACCCCCCCCAAUAUAAACGAGCAAGGAUCAGCAAUAGGUCAUUUCAGCUCUACAUGUAAUACUGUUCUCUCUUUUUUUUAAAGUAGCAUUAUGUUCUGUUUUUCCAAAUGGGCGGCCUAGUUUAAAAUCACAACGGGGCAGGCCUCCCCACCGCGGAAGGAAAGCCUGCGAGUUGUGGGUCCCAGGAGAAAGAGAGGGCCGGAGAAAGACGGUUUGUCAUGGGCCAGCUUAAAUUUGUGUCGCAAAAAACUCCGCAGCGCAGACCCCAGGGCUCCAGUGUUCCCCCAAAACGAGCAGCCCUCCAUAUUCUUCCCUUGCUGCCCCCCCUCCACUCAACUAAACCCCCUAAAUAUUUUAGGGGGGGCAACUUCAGCCUCUGUGUUACAUUCCGGGAAAAGGAGAACUUAAGAGGGAAGGAAGGAACCCCUGCGCGGUUUUGGGGAAAUGUAAAAUUAAUUUUUAACGGCCAAAACAAAUCACCGUGUUCCUGUUAAAAAGCCGAAGCUUAGGGCCCCCCGCCCGGUUGAAAUUUUUUCCAGUCUUCCUUCCUUCCGCGAUUCAAAACAUAAACACGCAUUCACACACAUACACAUCCUUCCCCGAUUUCCAUCGGGGAGGAUUUCCUCCCAAGGACCAAAACUGACAACAUUUUCAUUUUACCAUUAUUUCGGAAGGAAGAAUCCUACAGACAAUUCUAAGAUAAACGUUCAAAAUUAUUUAUUUUAGAUCCAUUGUUUUUCCUCUUUCUUUUUUUAAGAAGAUGGAGGAGGGGAACUGUCCAGACUGUGGCCCAAGGCCCUGCUGCCUGUUGGGUUAUGGAAAUGGUUGUCCCAACCCUAGCCUAAACGUCGCAGCGCCGUUCGCGGUGGGAUAAAUAACCAUCUUCCAAAUUUAAUUUUUUUGUGUGUCUCACACACACACACCCAGCACCCGCUGCAGGGAAGCCUCCAGAGGACCCCCCCCCCUCCUCCAAGUCUUUUUCCUGACCAGCCGUUGCCGCAGCAGCAUCGCAUGCGUCACCGUGUAAAUUCCCAUCGUUUGUGGAGUGACGCGACUUGUGCGAUGUUUUUUUGCAACCUUGCGAAAGACCCCCUAAAGCUAAGCCGUUGCCACUUCUCUUUGGUGGUGGGGGGCGGACCCAGAUUUUGUCGCCCCUCUGACUACGUCCCUGGCACUCAGAGGUCCACCGCGGAGUUCCCUGGACAGUACACUGUGUAGAAUUCCCAGUGUAGAAUCAGGCAGGGGAGUUGGAUGUUCAGGUGCCAGGACCGCGACCUUUGAACCCCGUUCCACCUGCAGAAUUGGGACCAGGGUACUCGGGAUCACAGGGACACACCUGCCCUCUUCUGUACAGUGGCUGGCUACAGGGACCUCGUAGACAGGCACGGCCGUGCACAAAAUCCCUUCCCACGCAAGGGACGAUAAUUGUUUCCCGACGCUGCCUCUUUGCCGCACUCCGUCAUGGCAGACGGCCCUCCCUGCUUCGCUGCUGCAGCCGAGUCCCACCACACCAUGCCCAUUUCUGCCCAUCCUUCCCCCCCCCGAACACUGAGACCUGGGGCCCCCUCCUUUUCUGCUGCCAUGAGUCUUUUUCCCCCCUACCACCUGCCUUUCCAGCCCUUCGUGCUUCCAACAUCUGAUGCGUUCCUCAGUUGACAGCAGGCUGCACUUCAAUGCAGCGUUCUCCCGCACAUUUUCCCGUCCUGCAGCCCCUUCUGCACGCUGCCCCCUCCCCCUUAGAGGGUGGGCUACGCAGGGCUGCCAUUCUGGAAUACAUUGGGGUCCUGUCCUUCUCCAAUCUUCUCCUGGCAUUUUUUUGGGGGGGGAUGGAGAGGGGUCCAAAUAACGCUUGUUUGCAGGUCUGGUGUGCAGGGGCCUCCAGCUAGCAAGGUUUUAGCACACUGUUGCUCUGCACGAGGAGGCAGGGGUACUUCCUGGACCCCAGUGAGUUUUUUGAGCGGGGGGGGGGCUGCAUUUCCAGCAGCACACCCCUUGAUUGCAUCCAUAGACGGGAGGGCAAGGCAGACAAGGCUGGGCUGAGCGAGAGCACGCGCCAAAGGUAUUCUGGAUGGUCCUCCCGCCAGGACAGGAGGGUCUGGGUUCGGGGGGGGGGGAACAUUGGGGGCAGAAGGGGGAGGUCACUGACAUGUAUAUAUAGUGGUCCGUCUCUCCGAUCUUUUGCACUUUGUCACUGGGGGGCUCCGGUGAUUGUUGACCGUUUGCUACUGAAUGUAACUCGUCUUUUAUUUUUAUUUUUUUAGAAGCACCUCUAGCUAGUUUUAUGGCACUUUAGAUAUUUACUGAAACUGUUUAAGGAAACUACAGAAAAGCAAAAAAAAAAAAAAACCAACAUAAAUAAACGAAUAAUAAUAAUAAAGAGAGAGAGAGAGAGAGACAGAAAGAGAGAGGAAAACAAGAUUGAGACUUAGGAGAGAGAAAGAGAGAGAGCGCGCGCGAGACAGCAGGAGGAGACAACCGAUAAAAAAUCACCCAUUGGUCGUAAUCCCGAGGACGAACCACCGUUUUUCUGCCGCUUUUUCCCAAUCUCUGUUUCCCGAGUGUGACAGUGUGCGGAAUCCGUUAGACAAUUGCCGUAUUUAUCUUUCUGCAUCUUUGUGUGUAACUCCAAUAACUUCUUCAGAAUAAAACAACAAUUAUAUGUUGA